CCAUGCCUAGUCCAAGGAGGUAUUUAUAGCCUCGGCCUCAGCUUGCCCUCUUGCAUGUAAUCCAACCCAGGAGCGCUGGAGCCUCCCAUACGCCUGGGAACACAGCCCCAAGCUUGCUCUGCCGAAUUUCAGGCUCUCAGUCCUGCUAGUGGGAACCACCGUCUCUCCCUCCCACCCCAAAGUCCAUGCUCCAGCCCCUCCUCCCUCAGACCCAGGAGUCUGAGUCUCGGGCCGCUUUGGGACCUGUCUGCCCGUCGGGCACACCGCUGAGUCCCGACACCUCUGUCCCUGCUCCCAGGCCCCUCUUCCCGCAGACUCAAGAGUCCUGGCCCCUGCCUCUUUUUUCAAACCCAGGAGAUCGGGCCCCAAUUUGAACCUUUCACUCCACUGAACCUGACUCCUGUUGCUGCGUCAGGGAAAAAGUAGGUGACAGGUGGCACCUGCCGGCAAGGCCGGGACACGACCACCUGCUGCUGCUGCUCACGCAACGCCCCUCUCCUGGCACCUGCUUCUGUCACUCCGCUGCUCCGCCCCACCCCACCGCACAGUCCCAGGACGCAGGAGGAGCGAGCCAGGAACCCCGACAUCUGCCCCGCCCCCUCCCACCCCGCUCCUCGGCGCGUGCUCCCGCCCCUUCUCAGGGUCCCAGGCGGGGCUCCUGUCCCCCCCCCUCCAUGGGCUCCCGGCACGCCCCGGGAAGGGGGGUUCGAGGCGGUCCCACGCUGGUGGGCGGAGCCUGCAGUGUCCAGCCUAGACCACGGGACUCGACCAGUCCCAGAGCACAGCUGCGCCGAGCCCACCUGUCCAGGUCCCACCCCAGCCUUGACAAUGACCCUGGCGGCUUCCUCCCAGCGCUCACAAAUCAUUCGCUCCAAGUUCCGAUCUGUCCUCCAGCUUCGGAUCCACAGACGCAAUCAGGACCCGAUCUCCGAUCCAGACCCGUGGAUCUCAGCCUCAGGCCCAGUUCCUGCUCCAGCCUCGGCCUCGGGCCCUGCCCCUUUCCUCUUCAGCCCUGGGGUCCUGCUCCCUGAGCCAGAAUAUUGUUCUUGGAGGUCUCCAAAGAAGGAGUCUCUCAAGGUCUCCCAGCGUUGGAGGGAGUCCAAGCCCAGGGAGAAUUUGAUGAACCACCAGUACAUGCCCCCAGAACCGAGACAAGGAUCCAGGUUAGACCCCCAAGCCGAAGAGGGGUCAGCCCUGGGUCCUCCCAGGCCACCUCUGUGGGAAGGGACAAACCCACAGCAGCCACAUCCUAGGAUGAAGCCCACUCCCCUCACUCCCUCCCCGCCAGGAGCCCCCAGCCCCUCGCCUCCUCCACACAAGUUGGAACUUCAGACCCUUAAACUGGAGGAGCUGACGGUCUCCGAGCUCCGGCAGCAGCUGCGCUUGCGGGGCCUCCCUGUGUCCGGGACCAAGGCCAUGCUCCUGGAGCGCAUGCGCGGCGGCGCCCCGCCCCGCGAGCGGGUGAAACCGCGGCGCGAGGACAGUCCCGCGCGUGCUCCCUGGCCGCGCCUCAGGCCUAAAACUCUGGGAGCUGCCCGGCGGCAGGGCUCGGGCAAGUCAAAUCCAGCCUCUCUCAGGCCACCUCUUCCAAAUGCUGGGGACACCCUUGUGACCACUCCAGCUCCGGCUCCAACUCCGGCUCCGGCUCCAGCUGCAGCUCCAGCCCUGACAUCUUCCUCAGCACCGACCGCAGCGGCCCUGACUCUGGAGGAGGAGCUGCAGGAGGCGAUCCGAAGGGCGCAGUUGCUUCCGAACCGGGGCAUCGAUGACAUCCUGGAGGAUCAGGUGGAGCCUGAUGACAAGCUGCCCCCCAUGCCCCUGGACUUCCCCUGCUCCUUCAACGUGCUGUCCCCCUCCCCGGACUCUGAAGGCCUCUCAUCUGUCUUCUCCUCUUUGCUCCCGUCCCCUUCGAAUUCCUCAUCCCCCUCUCCCAGAGGCCCCACGGACUCCUUGGACUGGCUGGAGGCCCUGAGUGGGGGUCCUCCACUGGGCUCUGGCCCCCCAGCCCCCAGCAUCUUCUCUGCUGACUUAUCUGACUCCAGUAGCACCCGGCUGUGGGACUUGCUGGAGGAUCCAUGGUGAUGGAUUCUAGGGCUUCCAGAGACUAAGAACUGGUGGGGGUAGACAGGUCACAAAGAGAGACUCCCCAAGGGUGGGGAUGGAUCAUCCAGCAGAGCUCCUCCUACUGACAGAGGAUCAGAGAAAAGCCCCAUCCCCACCUGGCCCUGGACUGCCUGAACUUUGCCUGCUUGACCAUAUACCCCUGUUCAUGGUUGUAUGGCCAGGGCAAACAAGCUGCUUGCUGCUUUCUUCAGAGACUUCAUGGAUGUUUUUAUCCCCACCUCCCCCAGCCCUGCCACCCAGUAGAUAGCUGCCUGUUGUCUGGGGAGCCUGGAAGGUGGUGAUGAGCAGAAGAGGAGCAGGGAAGUCUGGGGCCCCCUCCCCAGGGGAGCCAGACCCUUGGGUUCUAGUUGGAGAUGAGAAAUCAGAAGCCUCGUGUCAGAAGUUAGCUUCUUUUGGAAGCAGAACCUGACACAAGAUUCAUGUGCUAGUGAUUUAUUAAAGAAAUGCUCCUAGGAGAAACCAUUAAGGGAGUUGGGGAAACGGGACAGCAAAGGGGAAGAAGAAGAGCAAGAAGCAACUUCAGGUGAAGUCCCAAACUCAGCCUGAUUAUGUGAGGAGCUCUGGAGCAUAAAUUAAGUUACACAGUCUUUCCCACCCCGAGGCACAUAGGACUGGGCCUUUGUGUCUCCCCAUUUGGGCUUAUGAUUGCUGAACAACAAACCACCCCAAAACUUAGAGUCAUAAAACAAUAACUAUCUAUGAUCACUCAAAAUUGCAUGGGUUGGUUGACUGGGCUCAGCAGGGCAGUUCUUCAGCUCCACAUGAUGUUGGCUAGGGCUGCAGUCAACUCAGGGCCCAACUGGGCAGGAACAUCCAAGAUGGUGCACUAAGAUGUGUCAGACAACUUGGUGGGGAUGGCUAGAAGGAUGGACCCAGCUGGGUUGUAGAGACAUCUGGACCUGUCUCAUUCCCCAGGCAGCAUCAGCGCUGUCCCUCUCUGUGUGGUGUCUCCAACAGGAGACUUCUUACAUGGUAGCUCAGUCCUCCCAAGAGCAAGCAUUCCAAGAGGAGAGAGCAGAAGCUACCUGUUUCUUAAAGACUAGGCUUGGAACUGGCACAAUGUCACUUCCACCAACUAUGUCCUAUUGGUUAAGGCAAGUCAAGCCAGUGCAGGCUGAAUGUGGGAGGGUUGUGUGAAUAUCAAGGGUUUGGUCACUGGGGGCCAUAUUCAGAGACUUCUCACUACCCCACCUCUAGUCAGUCAUGGGCCAUCGUACCUCCAGCCCCAGGGCAGUUCUGGGAAGGUCACAGGGUAAGCCAUUGGCAGCAAAGUGUUCUAAAAUGUGGGUUUUAUUAUUAUUCAGGUAAGACAAGACCAUCAGAUCAGAAGAUGGUCUCCAUUGCAAAGAGAGUUUGUUAAACUCACAGAUCCCAAAGGUAGGGGACACCUAUGCUAUCAAGGGCCACAUGGGAAGUACUGGUUGGUCAGGAGACAGGGAAAGGAAGGGACCAUGGGUGAGAGACUUUGUUGUAGUUUCUAGGGGAAGGAAAGGAUGAGGCAAGGUAAGCAGGUUUAGGAUAGGCUAGUUUCAAUAAUUUCAGCAUGCCCUGCACAUAGAGACUGUCCUGAGUACUCUGGUGUCUGGUCCCGGGGUAAUUAGCACAGGUGGGUAGUGGCUCAGAAUGUAAGAACUAAUAAAGGAGGUGGUUGGGAUUGUAAACCAAACAUAAAAUCCUAAGCCCCCCAACCAUUAAAUGGAACUCCCUCUUGGCCAAAGAGGACCCCAGAGAAACCUGAAAAACUGAGUUCUCAGCCAUGACAGGACAGGAGGUCAGGCAUUCUUCAUUACACCCCCUCCUUUUUGGAGUUUAGACCCAACAAUUGAACAGCAUUAAUGUUAAAAUAGAGAUCAUAAGACUAGCAGAAUGGACUGUGCAAUAAGAUACCAAACAAAAGAAGACCUAAGGCCAUGCCAGGCAAGGGCUAAGUCAUGCACCCCCUACACUUCAAAAAUAAACUAUGUUCUAACUGCUA